AUGGAUACUCACAAAUAUAUCAAACAGGAAGACAUUGAACAGGAUAUACAAGUUAAUAAAAACAUACUGCAAGACUACAAUCAAUCUGAUGAUUUGAAGAAGCACAAUAGAAUACACACUGGUGAAAAGCCAUAUUCUUGUAAAGUAUGUGGUAAGAACUUCUAUCAAUCAGGUGUCUUAAAGAAACACAAUAGAAUACAUACUGGUGAAAAGCCAUAUUCUUGUAAAGUAUGUGGUAAGAGGUUCAAUCAAUCAGGUAAUUUGAAGAUUCACAAUAGAAUACACACUAGUGAAAAGCCAUAUUCUUGUAAAGUAUGUGGUAAGAGCUUCUAUCAAUCAGGUAUCUUAAAGAAACACAAUAGAAUACAUACUGGUGAAAAGCCAUAUUCUUGUAAAGUAUGUGGUAAGAGCUUCAAUCAAUCAAGUCAUUUGAAGAUUCACAAUAGAAUACACACUGGUGAAAAACCAUAUUCUUGUAAUGAAUGUGGUAAGAGCUUCAAUCAAUCAGGUCAUUUGAAGAUUCACAAUAGAAUACAUACUGGUGAAAAGCCAUAUUCUUGUAAUGAAUGUGAUAAGAGCUUCUAUCAAUCAGGUGACUUAAAGAAACACAAUAGAAUACAUACUGGUGAAAAGCCAUAUUCUUGUAAAGUAUGUGGUAAGAGCUUCUAUCUAUCACAUCAUUUGAAGAGACACAAUAGUAUACACACUGGUUAAAAGGCACAUUGUUGAAAUUAAUGUGGUAACAGCUUCACGAAAUGAGGUGAAUGGAGGAAAUACAAUAGAAUACAUACUGGUGAAAAGCUAUACUCUUGUAAUUAAUGUGUGGUAAGAGCUGCAGCAUUUCAAGUGCGAAAAAGAAAGUGUAAUGAAUGUCAACGUAGUCAUUUUUAAAUGUAUACAUAAUCAUUAAAAUACAUAUUGUAGCCAUAUUCUUUGUAGCAAUGAAUGUGGUAAGAGCUUCACUAAAUCAGGUGAAUUAAAGAAACUCAAUUGAUUACUUACUGGUGAAAAGAAAGAAAGAAAAUUAUUUUAUUUGAUCACACAGCUUAAAACACUAAAAUAAAAUUGACAAAAAAUAUAUACAAUAAAACAAUACUAAAUCUAAAAUAAAAUCAACCAUAAAUAAUAAUUGUAGUAUGUGAUCAAAUACAGAUCUCUCACUCAGCAUUGUGCUGCAGCAAGCUGCAGCGCUUGUUUUCAGUGGGAGCCUUACUUGGGUGUCAUCACGGAUACAGCUUGGUCAAGUUAUCAAUCAAUUUACUAACUAAUUAAAAUUAAAAUAUGAUGAGAAACAAAAACAUUAAAUAAAAUAAACGAAAUACAAAUAAAAAUAAACAGGAAAAAGAGUAAGACAACAAAUCAAAAGCAGUACUACAAAAACACAACCGCUGCCUGUAGGCAGCAAAGACGUACGGUCUAAGCACUGGAAUGAUUAAUUAAAUUUUUUUGUGUUGUUAAAAGAUAAGUUUUUAAUUUAUUUUUAAAUGAUGAUUUCGAUGAUUUUAGUGGAUCUUACUGGUGGUGGCAAGUCAUUCCAGCACUUAGUUGCGGGAAACUUAAAACUUCCCUUAAAUGCGACUGUGCUAUGCCUCGGAGUAGCCAAUAAGGUCAGGUAAAAAUCUCUCUUAAUGCCUGCUGACCUAUCAGUCAACCACAUAAGUUUCUCACGCAAGUAUUUUGGGAUACCGCUCUUAAACACCCCAAAGAGUAGAGUGGCGAGAUGUAGUCUUCUGCGUGAUUCCAUUUUUAAAAUGUUUGCUUCAUUAAUGUAAGGAGUGACAUGUGAGCGAACAGGGAUGUUGAAGCAAAACCUGGCGCAGGCAUUUUGGACUCGCUGAAUAAUCUUUGCAGUCCUGCUUAAGAGUCGAGGUCCAUAAACAGCGUCAGCAUAAUUCAGUCUUGAUAAUACAAGUGAUUCGCAUAAACGUAUUCUUAACUUUACACUAACAUAGGGCCUCAGUUUAUAAAGCAACUUUAAGCGAUAUAGGCUAUUGCGGACAGAAUUAAGGACGUGGGUUUCGAAGCACAGUGCGGUGUCAAAAACAACUCCCAAAUUACGAGCCUCCUUGACUUGUUCCAUAAUACUAUUAUUAAUUUUUAUUAUGGGAUUAAGCAUGUUUAUUUUAUUAACAACACAUUUAGAGCCAAGUACCAUACACUGAGACUUAAUGGGAUUUAGCACUUUUUGCGUAUCAUCAGCAUGAAGAUGAUAUAAGCAAUAUUUGAUACAACUCGUAAUAUCGGCUGUAUAAAUUGCAAACAGCAAAAAGCCAAGCAUCGAUCCCUGGGGAACCCCUCUAGUUACAGGUGAUAGAUCGGAGGUUGAGAGUGUGCCAUCGUUGUUUCUGACUUCAACGAACUUUGCUCUAUUGCUUAGGUAGCUAUAAAACCAUUUAACAGUUGAAAUAUCGAACCCGUAAUAUGACAUUUUAGAAAGAAGAAAAUCUGUGUUUAUAUAGUCAAACGCCCAAGAAAAAUCCAGAAGAACCAGCAAGGUACCCUUACCCUGAUCCUGUGCUGUCAGGAUAUCAUCUACUACAGUUGAUGUUGCAGUUGUUGUGCUAUGUCCUUUCCUAAAUCCUGACUGGAAAGGUGGUAAAAAUUUAUUAUCUUGGAUGUAUUUAGUUGCGUGAUAAGCCACAACCUUUUCUAGAAUUUUCGAUAUACAGGGCAGGAGACUGACUGGUCGCAGAUCUUUAAAACUUAGGGGGUUAUUACCUUUAUGCAGAGGCAUGAUUUUAGCUACUUUCCAUGGAUCAGGGAAUGUAGAUGUUGUUAUAGACUUAUUGAUUAUUGAAGUGAUAAUAUGUAAAGUUUGAGGCAAUGUCAGUAACAGCAUCUGAAGAUAUGUUUUUUCCACACCUUGAGAAUUAGACUUCAAAUUCUGAAUAAUCUUGGAAACUAUGAAUUCAUCAACUGGCUGCAGCACAAACUGUGAAACUCCAUGCCGGUGAAACUCAAAAUAAGUAAGAUCCGAUAAUGAUACUAUCCCAUUGCCUGGUAUAUCAAGAAAAUUUUUAUUUAUUAUAUUGAGAUCAUUUAACAUAGCUGGGAGUUCUUUAGGUUUUUUCUUGUCUAUAAUAAGAGACGAUUUCUUUAGAUUUCGCCAUAAUAUAGUUGGGGAAUUAAUAUAGGUUUCAUGAAAAGCUUUUUUUUCCAAUUCCAAUGCGUGUGUGACUAAAGCUUUCAAUGUCUUUAUACUGCUUUUUUAUGAGUCUCAAGCCCAGUUACUUUUGACCGUUCAAGACUUUCAUUUCUAAGGUUUAUCAUUUGUUUCACAGCAUCAGUUAUCCGUGGAUGGCGCUCUUUUAACAUAACUUUUUGUAACGGCGCAUGUAAGUUGAAUAGUUCUUCAACUAUUCUAUUAAAUUCAUGCACAAUUUCAUUUACAUUAUUUAAACUAUUAAGCGAAUUCCACGGUAUAUUGUUCAGGUCCCUAUUAAAACUUACGAUAUUAAUGUUUUUUAAGGGUCUUAUAUUGAUCCAGUUUGGCAAGGAUUUGUCUUUUUUUAGAUUUAUGGUGGCUGCAACUAUCGCGUGAUUCCCAAGUUCUGGAAUGUGAGUUACUUUAACCUCCUGUAUGUGUGAGUCUGUACAAAUCACGUCUAUAAGUGUACUGCUUUGGUCUGUAAAAUACGUUGGUUCCGUAACUAGUUGCUUUAAAUUGGUAUAGUGUAAAAACUCGCAAAAUACACUGGCCUUCAAAAGUAAUUAUCACACUUUUAAAAUUGGGAUAACGUUUUAAGUUCACGAGAUAUACUUUCGAAAUAAAAAGGACUCCAAAGAGAAUUUAAUUUUGUACGUAAAAACUUUAUAGUCGGUAACCUUCUUUUAAGUAUUGGCUGAAAAAAAACUUUAAAAACAAAAUCAUUCCUUUUUCAAAGUGGACGUUUCCGAAUUACAAUUUUACCAUUCACAUUCUUUCUGUUUUAAAUAUUUUUCAAGAUCGAUGGGUCUUGUUUUACAAAUUUAUGCUAAAAAGCACAUAACAUUUAUUUAUCAUGCCUCUUUCAGUUGAAGAAUGUGCUAGGAUAAUGGCUUUUCUGGAACUAGGCAUCAGUAUGCGUCGCACUGCAAGAAUGGUGGGUGUGACGGUACGAACGGUCCAGAAGGUAAAGCGAAGGUACGAAGAGACUGGACACCAUCUGAGGAGACCUUGUAAUGGCAGACCCAGGUUUACCAGUGCCCGAGAAGAUCGUUAUAUUAUUUCCACUGUGUUAAGAAAUCGCCACCAAAAUGCAGUUGAAGUCCAGCAACAGCUACUUCAGACCCGGAGGGACUACAUUAGUGACAGUACAGUGAGAAGAAGACUUGCUGAAGCAAAUUUGAAACCCCGAAGACCAGCGAGUGGCCCAAAACUCGAGAGACAGCAUCGAGUAGCGAGACUGCGAUACGCCCGUGAACACAUGCAGUGGGAUGAAGAAGAAUGGUCAAGAAUUUUGUUUGCAGAUGAGUCUCGAUUCUCCGUUUACACUUUUGAUGGAAGGCGAAGUGUUUACAGGCGACCUAGUGAGCGAUACCUUCAAGCCUGCAUCUCAGAAAGAGUCCAAUACGGUGGAGGCAGUGCACAUGUAUGGGCUGGCAUAUCUUCAGAAGGUCGCACAGAGCUAGUAGCGAUAGAAAAUGGCACCCUCACUGGGCAAAGAUAUGCUCAAGACAUUCUCAAUGAGUAUGCAGGGCCGUAUUUAGCAAAUAUGGGUGAUGGAUCGAUGCUGAUGCAUGAUAAUGCCCGACCACACACGGCUCAUAUCGUACAAGAGUAUAUUCAGGAGGUCGGUAUCAGCGUGAUGGCUUGGCCAUCAAGAAGUCCUGAUCUCAACCCGAUUGAACACGCCUGGGAUGAGCUUGGGAGGCUAGUCAGAAAUCGCAGACCACCACCUACUACCCUCAGGGCACUAAAGCAGGCCCUGGUAGAAGAAUGGGAGAAUAUUCCCCAACAUCGGCUCCGAAACCUAGUGUUCAGUAUGCCAAACCGGCUCGAAGCUGUAAUCAGAGCUCGAGGAGGCAAUACCAGUUAUUAAAAAUUAAAUAACAUGUAAUACAUUUUAGUUGAAUUUUCUACACUAAACUAAAAAUGUCUAUUUUCAUUGUUUUAUCUUUUUUAAGUUAAAAAUGUUACUAAUGUAUAAUUUUAGU